AUGCGAACUUCAGACAAUGAUGAAACAUCCCAAGAACGGAUGGCGGUCCAACAUCAGUGCUCACGGAAGUCCGUGACAGCAUCAGAUGGAAAGUAUUUCUACUCAUCAAAUAUACUCAAACUCGUAAUCAUCUCUCCCAAACAAUCAAUCAUGCGUUCUUCAAUCCUCGCCGCGUCGCUAUCUCUACUGUCCUCCUCAUACGCUGGACAACCCCUCAACUACCUAUUCCAAGGAGACUUCUGCAGUAUCUCAGAAAAAUGCAUGUAUCCUAAUUUUACCACUACAGAGCCAUUGCCAGAAACGAAUCAGCAGCAUGUUAUUCAAGAAGAGCCUCCAAAGCAAGAAGAAGCCAAACCAGAAUCCAAAUACCACCCUUGGACUGAAGAACCUCAAUGUAUUACAGACAAGGAAACGAAUGAAGAGUUCUGUGUCUACACCAACGCAAACUUUGCCUUUGGACGUGGAAUUUCAUUCUUCACAUCACCUAAAAUCGCUGCAAAGGUUGUCUCUCUUCCAGCAUUCAUACAGCCGGAGGUUCAUACACAUGUGAACAACUUCACCGAUCCACCAUGGGAAGUUCGCAAUGUAGCAGGUCGUGGAAAUGGAUUAUUCGCCACACGCACUCUUCACCGCGGUGAUGAGAUAGUAUCUGAUACACCAGUAGGGGUGUAUCAAAGCGAUGCUUUCUUUCCUGAUUGGCCUCAGGGGUACAAGUACCUGCACAAGGCGUUUCAGCAGCUACCGAAGGCCACGAGAGAGAUUUUUGUCAAGAUGGCAGCGCAUAAUCCAGGAGAUCCAAUCAUGGAGAGAGUAAAUACGAAUGCAUUUGCAGGGGAAUUUGAGGGUUCACCUCACUUCUUGUUGUAUCCUGAGACAGCGCUUAUGAACCACGAUUGCCGUCCAAAUGCGAUGUAUUAUCAUGAUCCGUCAACUUUGAUACAUGCUACUUACGCUUCGAGAACGAUUCAUCCUGGAGAAGAGAUUACCAUCACCUAUGCAAACAUUCUCGAAACCCGCGCUCAGCGUCAAGAAGCGCUCACACAAACCUGGGGUUUCGAAUGCAAGUGUUCGCUCUGCACGGCCGAGCCAGCCGAAGUUCGGAAAUCCGACAAUCGUAUUCGACGGAUCCAAGAACUCCAGGGAUUUCUUGCGGAUUGGUCUCCUGACUCUAUCGGGACGCCAAAUAUGGCGCGAGAGCUGCUCCAGCUUUAUGAGGAAGAGGGUGUUCAUGCCGCGCUCGGCACAGGACAUAUGUUUGCCGCGCUGGCCUAUAAUGCUGACGGGGAUAUGAAGGGGGCGAAGAAGCAUGCGAAAUUGGCCAUUGAAGCGGGGAUGGUAAAUACUGGAGUCAAGGAUGGAGAUAGGGAAGAGAUGGAAAGCUUGUUGAAUGACCCAAGGCAUCAUUGGAGUUAUAAUGUCAGGUGA